UUUGUUCAGAUAUCCACAUAUUUGUCUUCUUAUAUCAAAGUCUUCAAACUGAUGCCCCCGGACAAGUUUGCCGGCGACCAAUCCAUAUCAAUACCUAUGGAGAAUCCUGAUUCCUAUUUAAAUAUAUUCGUACAAGACGAUAGGAUUUCAAUGGAGAUCCCAACCCUGUAACCCAUUAUCCAUUCUGAAAGUUUUUCCUCCCUCCUGUCUUGUGCAAUCUGAUAAUAUAAAGAAGUGUGAAGAUGGGUGUAGCAGAAAAGACUAGGAGGAGGAGGGGAUGUUUGGAGUGCAGCAAAGAGGAUUUUGUGACGGGAGAGUCAUUUGAGAGCUGGGGCAAUUACAAGAGGGCCCUUACACAGACAGGGCCCCGAUUUAAGGACCGACUGCUUGCGAGGUCUGAUGAAGUUGCAGAGGUGCAAGAUCUGAGACUGAGGAGUGAAAAUGAUAUGAAAAGGACUCUCACAUGGUGGGAUCUCACCUGGUUUGGCUUUGGAGCGGUUAUUGGAGCAGGCAUCUUUGUUCUCACUGGACAGGAGGCCAGAGAGAAUGCCGGCCCUGCCAUUGUUCUCUCCUAUGUCGUUUCGGGCCUUUCUGCCAUGCUCUCUGUUUUUUGUUAUACUGAAUUUGCUGUGGAGAUACCUGUUGCAGGUGGAUCAUUUGCAUAUCUGAGAGUAGAAUUGGGAGAUUUCGCAGCAUUUAUCGCAGCGGCGAAUAUUGUGCUGGAGGGGCUCAUUGGGGCGGCGGCGGUGGCCAGGACAUGGACCUCCUACUUCGCCACGCUUCUCAACCAACAGCCAAACGAAUUCCGCAUCCACGUCAGCAGCCUGGCGAACAACUACAACAUGCUGGACCCAAUUGCAGUGGUCGUGCUGGCAUUGACAGCCAUGUUGGCAAUGCGCAGCACCCGUGCCACGUCAUACCUGAACUGGAUCGCCACGGCCAUCAACAUGGGCGUGAUCCUGUUCGUGAUCGUGGCCGCCUUUGCCCACGCCAAUACAGAAAACCUGAAGCCAUUUCUGCCAUACGGGCCCAAAGGAGUUUUCCGGGCUGCCGCCGUCAUUUACUUCGCCUAUGGCGGCUACGACGCCAUUGCCACCAUGGCAGAGGAGACGAAGAACCCAUCGAGAGACAUCCCUCUGGGUCUCCUCGUUUCCAUGUCAGCCAUUACAGUGAUCUACUGCCUCAUGGCUCUGGCUCUCUGUAUGAUGCAAAGUUAUAAGGUUCUCAAUGAGGACGCCGCCUUUUCUAUUGCCUUUGGUGCCGCAGGAAUGCACUGGGCCAAGUACUUGGUGGCGCUUGGGGCUCUCAAGGGCAUGACGACUGUGCUAAUGGUGGGAACCGUGUCCCAGGCCAGAUACAUCACCCACAUUGCAAGGACACACAUGAUUCCUUCCUGGUUUGCAUUGGUGAAUGAGUACACAGGUACACCCAUUAAUGCUACCUUGGUGAUGACGGCUGCCACUGCUUGUGUGGCAUUCUUCUCCAGCCUGGGCGUGCUUUCCAGCCUCCUCUCUGUGAGCACACUCUUCAUCUUCAUGAUGAUGGCGGUUGCUCUGCUCGUGAGGAGACACUACGUGAAGGGACAAACAUCACAAACUCAGCUUCAGCUCCUCAUAUUCCUCCUCAUUGUUAUAGUGUGCUCGUCUGUGGCAACCUCUGUUUACUGGGCAGUAAGCGAUGGUUGGGUGGGUUAUGUUGUGAGCAUUGCUGUGUGGUUGAUGGCCACAGGUGGAAUGGCAGGCUUUGUGCCACAACAGAGGACUCCCAAAGUGUGGGGAGUGCCCUUGGUGCCAUGGCUGCCCUCACUGUCAAUUGCAAUCAAUGUGUUCCUCAUGGGCUCUCUGGACAGCCACACUUUUGCCAGGUUUGGGAUUUGUACAGCAGUCAUGCUUAUUUAUUAUGUCUUGUUCGGCCUCCAUGCUACCUAUGAUGUUGCCCAUUUACCUUCUGGAAAAGAUAAUGAGCUUGUUAAACCGCUUCCCUCCUCUACUUCAGAUGUUGAAAAUGGAGGAGAAUCUCGGAGCACCAUUUCUAGUCAUGUAGAUCAGUCAGAGAGUCAGAGAAACAUUAGUUUGCCUCUGCCUGGACAGCAAUAGUGAUCCUGUAAAGUAAUCACAUAAAAACUCUUUAGGUUAUAUUUGGUCUCCUGUAUGUUAAAUUUUUCUAUUUAAUUCUAUAUAAACAUUAAAAUUUCGAUUCAAUUAUCUAUGUAUCUUCUGGAAAAGAUAACAAGCCUAUUAAACCUCUCCUGCCAACUAUUACAGAUGUUGAAAAUGGGGGAAUCUGGAGGCACAAUUUCUAGUCAUGUAAAUCAGCCGCAGAAACAUUAGUUUGUCAGUCUGAAAGUAAUCAUAUAAAAAUUUGGAAAGCUAUUUUUGGCCUAA